AUGGAUUCCUGGACAAUGCCGACCAAACCGGCGCAGACCACGGGGAGGGGUCCAACGGGGACAACCCAAUCUCGGGGUUCCAAUCCAUCUAGACACGACGACUCGGGCUCUGGAGCGGAAACCCCUGCCCGUAGACGUCUUCAAAAAGCUGCCUCCACUACCUUCCACAUCAAUACCACGACCAAUUUCGAUUCGCAGUCCUCGAGGGGCAUUGCAGGCCCGCGCUCAGGGGAAAUGGGUAGGAGGAGAUUGUCCAUCAGAGGUCCAAAGGCUCCUCAGGGGCCUCGCCCACAGGAUGCUUCGCGCGGGAGCAAACCCUCCGCCACCUACUUUCACUCCGAGAGUUCCUCAAUUGAUUCCACAAACGAUUCAACAGUGCCGUAUAAUCUUCGAUCUACAAGUGUGGGCAACUUGGCGAAACCAGAGACCAGCCAAGCCCCCCAAGCGGAGAGAAAUGAUUUUUUGGCACCGAUCAGUUUCGAUGAUUUCCACAAUAGCAUCAUGGCCGAACCCAGUCUCAGUAAUUUCCCUAUGCCUGGUAAUGGCGCCGCGGGAUCUGAAAACAGGGAUUCUGGGUUGUCUACAACCAGUUCUUGGACCACCCACAGCUAUGAGAGCACUGCUUCGGAGCGGGCAAGGGGCCCUGCAUCUCGUCGAAAGAGCGAAGUCCACCGCUUCAACGGUCAGACUCCUACGAAUUCGGGGCUAUCGGCUGCCUCCGCCAACUCGCGUAGCCGCCGCCAAAGUCUUGCUCAAUCCCCUGCCGCGGCCGCUGCGAGUACACGAGGCUCGCGCAAGUCUAUAAGCUCAGGUGCUUUCGCACCUACCAAUGCGUCUGCUAGGCGCGCUAGUCUCAGCGCUCGCAAAGUCAGUGUCGACACGACGCGAAUUGAUACGAAUAAUUUCCUUCGCCCACGGGCCCAGCAACCGGACCAAGGCCAGGAUGAGACCAAAGUUCCGUCGUCAGUCCGAAGCCUAAAGGCCAAAUCCUUCCAACCGUCGCCGCGCGAGCCACGCAGUGCGUUCUUGACCGCAGCUAGGACCACGGAUCAUACAAGGUCCUCUUCGACAAAUGCAGUUCGUACGCCAGUCAAGAACCCCGCUGGGCCUAGUGUCGCGAACACGACACCUUCCUCAUCCUCUAAGCGCAUGUCUACCAUGCCUCAUGCAACCGGCUUGGGCGCCCGCACCAUCAGUCCUACAGACGCACGACGCAUGAAACGCAUGUCAAUUGCGCCUCCUGCACCACCCAUGCCACACACCCCUCCCACGCAGCAGACAGAGCCUCUUCCCACCCGACCUAUCUCCACAAAUCAAUCUCCAUCAUUUAUUCCGAGGAAAAGCGUCACCCCUUCCUCUAACCGAACAACUCCUGAUCCGAAUCGCAAGUCAUACAGUUCAGGGCUAUCAUUGUCAUCGAACACUAGCUACAACUCUGUUCGAAACUCAAGUUCGCUCCAACCUCGUCUUUCUCAGAAUUUCUCCUCAUCACGGCUACCGACUCCCAAACCGCGUACGGAGCAAACCUCAAAGGAUUCGGAGGAAGAGGUGCCCCCUGUCCCCGCAAUUCCCAAGGCAUACGAAUCCCCCAAGGGCGAGCUUGAUGCGCCAGUCUUUCCUGCGCCGAGAAAGUCAAGCUUGCCGGUUGAUAUCAGUCUUCUCAACAUUGCGCGAGACUCGGAUUCUGAUGCCCUCGGCGGUGUUGGUGUGACUACAUGCGACAAUGCUGACAUCACCAAUGGCCGUGUCACGAAAACCCCAGAGUCGCGGACGCGGACUUCUACAGUGCUGGGUCGCAAGGGCCUGCAGCCGUUGAAGCUGCCGCCUCUGAACUUGCUUCCUCUUGGUACUCCAAUGACAACAAAGAUUGAGGCAUUGAGAGACAGAGAAGCCGAGGAUAGAAAGGCCCAUACCCCUUCCAACCAAGUUAUGUCAAAGACACCCAGUACCCCCAUGACUGCGUCCAAGGCAAACUUCUGGUAUCGCGAUGAGGAUGACAAGGGCCCAGCAACUCAAGUUCGCAGCAGCACGUCGCACUUUGCACUUAGCUCCGUCUCCACAGCCGGAUUGCGUACGGCAAGCAGUAACGGCGCCUUUGGCCCUACAGAUACGCCCAAUGGCACUCGCAACAUCUCGCCGUACGCCUCAUAUACGCUUCCGAAGUCCAGCACCGAGUUCAAUGCUCUCCGUCAUCAGGCUAGCGGGGAUUAUUCCAACAGAGUAUCCCAGUCCUACAAGCUCACUGGGCCUCGACCUCAGACACAGAGCGCCAUUUUCGCACCAGCCUCUGAGAGACUUAGCCAGAUCUCAACCCCAUCCGAGCCUGAGAGUACCACUGUGGUGCCGGCUUCCACUCUGAAAGAUCGCCUGAAUGUGGCUCGCCUGCGCAGCAAUUCGAAGGCAAAUCUUGCAGCUGAAGCUGAAGCUGACCGUGCCAAGUAUGAUAACAUGCCGCCACCAAAGCUCCCGGCUUCUGCAACAUGGAAUAAUCUCUCUUCCGUGACCUCGACCAGCCCUGUUACGAAGACUUCGUAUCUCAAGCCUCGGCGCCAAUCCUCCGUUUCGAGUAUCACCAAGCAGCCUGCUCCUCGGAAACCAAGUGUGAGCAGCGAUCGGAGCCUUCCCCUCGAGCACACCAUGACCAAUGAGUCCACGGGUAGCGAUCAUUCUCACAACCGUGGCGCUAGCAACUACGUGUCCUCUGUCCACAAGAUUAUUAGCAAUGCUCGAUCCAGUGCAGCCGCCACUUCACGCACAGCUGAUGCCAGUGUUGACGCAGAUACAGUUAUCGCAGAUGAAGAAAUGAGGCGGUUGGGUGCGAAGCGGAAGGACUUUGAAACUGCAGCCAAGCAGUUGGAUGAACUGCGUCGCAAGGCAGGACCAAAGGAUCGUGUCAGUCCUGCCCAGGCGCUCAAGAUGGCGAACUUGAACAUCUUUGAGCGCGGUGAGAUUAUUGACUACCGUGAUAUCUUCUUCUGUGGCACGCAGAAUGCAAAGAAGCACGUGGGAGAUCUGCACUCGGGCGCCGCGAACUUUGGCUAUGACGACGAUCGUGGAGAUUAUAACAUUGUGAUUGGUGAUCAUCUCGCCUAUCGCUAUGAGGUUGUGGAUGUCCUAGGCAAGGGAAGUUUCGGACAAGUUGUGCGCUGUGUCGACCACAAGACUGGAGCUUUGGUCGCUGUCAAGAUCAUUCGCAACAAGAAGCGAUUCCACCAGCAAGCUCUCAUUGAAGUCAAUCUCCUCAAGAAGCUAAAGGAUUGGGAUUCCGAGCGCCGACACAGCGUGGUCGCUUUCGACCAAAGUUUCUACUUCCGUGGUCAUUUGUGCAUCUCCACCGAGCUUCUAGGCAUGAAUCUUUACGAAUUCAUCAAGGCGCACGACUUCCGCGGGUUUUCGCUCAAGCUUAUUCGCCGCUUCACGAAACAGAUGCUCAGCAGUCUGGUUCUGUUGCACGCUAAGAAGGUCAUUCACUGCGAUCUGAAGCCCGAGAACAUUCUUCUUGUUCACCCGUUGAACUCGGAGAUUCGAGUCAUUGACUUUGGGUCAAGUUGCUUUGAGAAUGAAAAGGUCUACACCUACAUCCAGAGUCGUUUCUACCGCUCUCCGGAAGUCAUCCUUGGAAUGUCCUACGGCAUGCCCAUCGACAUGUGGAGCUUGGGCUGUAUUCUGGCUGAAUUGCUCACCGGUUAUCCCAUCUUCCCGGGUGAGAACGAACAGGAACAGCUGGCUUGCAUUAUGGAGGUCUUUGGCCCUCCCGAAAAGCAUCUGAUUGAAAAGAGCACCCGCAAGAAGUUGUUCUUCGAUUCUCUCGGCAAACCACGCUUGACUGUUUCGUCCAAGGGUCGCCGUCGCCGUCCAAGCUCCAAGGAUCUUCGGCAAGUUCUCAAGUGCGAUGAUGAAGCCUUCUUGGACUUCCUCUCUCGUUGUCUCCGCUGGGAUCCCACUCGUCGACUGAGCCCCCAUGACGCGUUGAAACAUGAGUUCAUCACCGGGGUCAAGUUGUCCACUCGACCUCGGAUGUAUGCGGCCGCAUCACCUUCCAAGCGAGGAGCCUCGACCUCCAGUUCGCGGCCGCUGCCCGAGCCUCCGGGUGGUACCCUGAAGAGUGCUCGCACUCGCGAUGUCUCGGGCACAUCCCCAGUCAAGGGCAGCAGUGGAAAACGGCACUCAACGGUCACCGGUCUGCCACCAUCCAGCCCCGCUAAGCGAGGAUCAAACACUUCCACGAUCUCCGGGACUGGGCUACCUCGUGCCUCGGCGCGCAGUAUCAGUGGGAAGCCAGACCUCGCCACGGCGGCGGCUGCGACCAGCCUUGUGAGUUGA